GCUUGGACGCCCUUCCCAUCUGGCGACCUGCGAGGUCUGACCCUGAGGCGCAGUGAUACGAGACCGCACCACCGGAUCUGUCCAGCGGCAAUAGUCACUCCUGAGGAAUCCUGCAUCUGCGCCUCCAAUGCGGGAAUUCAAUGCUGUGGUGCUCGGAGCUGGAGGAGUUGGCAAGUCUGCGCUCACAGUGAGGUUCAUUCGUGAUGUAUUCGUCGAGAACUACGACCCUACCAUAGAGGAGGAGUACCGGCGCAAUGUCGAGGUUGACGGCGACCUAUAUUCGCUUGAGGUCCUUGAUACGGCGGGUGCGGAGCAAUUCACCGCGUUAAACGAAGUUUAUAUGAAGUCAGGCCGUGGCUUUAUUUUGGUCUUUAGUUUGACACAAGAAGCUAGUCUGCGAGAAGUUGACAAUCUGCGGCAGCAGAUAUACAGGAUAAAGGGUGGUAAUACAAAUGUACCAAUAGUGGUCGUCGGCACCAAAAUGGACCUGGUAAAUGAGAGGGAAGUGCAAAGAGAUACAAUCCAGGACCUUGCCACUCGUUGGGCUCUGCCGUUCUAUGAGACGUCUGCCAAACGAAACUGGCAUGUCACUGAAGUCUUCGAAGACCUCGUUCGACAGAUGCGGGACCGUUAUCCCGCAGAUCCCACCAGGAAAAAACGGAAGAGAGCGUCCAAUCGUUGCCCGAUAAUGUGAAUAUUGGGUCCGACCAGCUAUAGAGACCGAUCUCUGAACUGUAUACACCAUCAAGUCUGCGUACUUUAUGGGUCUAUUAUCGACUACCAUAUCUUCCUCUUGAAUAUCUAUACCCAUUUGAGCCUAUGCAGCUCAUGUGCUAGGCACUCAGUGCAUAGAUCGACUUUGUACAAAACAAGGGGUUGCGCGGGCGCGCUACUCAGACAUAUUGCAUUAGUGACGAGAAAGUUAGACGAGAAUUCUACCAAGAUUUACAAG